AUGGCCGGUAAAAAAAAUAAAUCUAACCACAAAAAUGCCUCUGCAUUGAACGGUAGGAAAUCCGAUGUGGAUGUAGAUGAUCGUCUUCAAGCCAUUAUCUUAACAGACUCCUAUGAGACCAAAUUCAUGCCAUUAACAGCAACAAAACCAAGAUGUCUAUUGCCGUUAGCUAAUGUUCCAUUAAUUGAGUACACGUUAGAAUUCUUAGCGAAAUCAGGAGUCGAUGAAGUUUAUUUAAUUUGUUCAUCUCACGCAUCACAAAUUGAUGAAUACAUUGCAAAUUCUAAAUGGAAUUUACCAUGGUCACCAUUUAAAGUAUCCACAGUGAUGUCACCAGAGGCGCGUUCAGUAGGUGAUGUUAUGAGAGAUUUGGAUAAUAGAGGUACCAUUACUGGAGAUUUUGUCUUGAUUAGUGGCGAUGUUGUUACUAAUGUUGAUUUUAGUAAGAUGUUUGAAUUCCAUAAGAAAAUGCGUUCAAAGGAUAAGGAUCAUAUUUCUACCAUGUGUUUAAGUAGAGCCAACCAAUUCCAUAGGACAAGAUCAUUAGAACCUGCUUGUUUUGUUUUGGAUAAGGAUACAAGUAGAUGUAUUUAUUAUGAGGAUUUGCCAACUGUUGGGUCGAACAAGAAAUCAUGUUUAGAUAUUGAUCCUGAGUUAUUGGAGAAUGUGGAUGAUUUUGUAUUGAGAAAUGAUUUAAUUGAUUGUAGAAUUGAUAUUUGUACACCUCAUGUUCCACCUAUUUUCCAAGAAAAUUUUGAUUAUCAAACUUUAAGAUCAGAUUUCGUUAAGGGUGUCAUUUCGAGUGAUUUAUUGGGUAAACAUAUUUAUGCUUAUAUUACCGAUGAAUAUGCUGUUAGAGUGGAAAGUUGGCAAACUUAUGAUACUAUUUCUCAAGAUUUUAUUGGAAGAUGGUGUUAUCCAUUAGUUUUAGAUUCUAACAUGCAAGAAGAUCAAACGUAUUCGUAUGACUCAAGACAUAUCUACAAAGAAAAAGAUGUUGUUUUAGCUCAAUCUUGUAAAAUUGGUAGAAAUACAGCUAUCGGUUCAGGCACUAAGAUUGGUGAAGCUACUGUUAUUGAGAAUUGUAUCAUUGGAAGGAAUUGUCAAAUUGGUGAAAACAUUAAAUUGUCUAAUAGUUUUAUUUGGGAUAAUUCUGUGAUAAAUAAUAAUUGUACCAUCGAACAUUCAAUUAUUGCCACUGGAUCUGAAAUUGGACAAAACGUUACCAUUAACGAUGGUUGUAUUAUUGGCUUUGAUGUUAUAAUCGAUAGUGAUAUGAACAUUCCAAAGGGUACGAAGAUUUCAAGUACACCUGUGAAAUAUAUAUCAGGUGGUCUAUUUGAUAGUAAUUUGAGUGAAGAUGAUGAAAGUGAUUAUUCCGAUAAGAUUGAAGAUACUGAAGCAAUAAAGGCGACUGGAUUAGUAGGGUAUAACGGUGUUGGGUUUGUAUACGAGAGUGAUGUUUCCGAUGAUGAAGAUGAUAUGUCUGAAACAUUAAAGUUAUCCAACACACUAGCGUACCAAAUGGAAGAAUUAUGUUUAAGUGAUGAAUCCAUUUCAUCGAGAACGAAGAGAGUAAAAAAGAAAAGAACUAUGUCAACCAACAGUAUGUACACAGACUUCGAAGGGAAUGAUUCCGAAGAAGAAGAGGAAGAUUUCGAGAAGGAAGGAUUUGCAACUAUUGAAAGAGCUAUUGAAAACAAUCAUGAUUUGGAUACAGCAAUGUUAGAAUUAAACACAUUGAGAAUGAGUAUGGAUGUUACCUAUCAUGAAGUGAGAACAGUCACUGUUCUUGCCAUUUUACAAAGAGUAUAUCAUUUCAUUGCUACACAAACUUUAGGUGCCAAAGAAGCCGUGCAAAAGGUGUUUGGUCAAUGGGGGUUACUGUUUAAGAGACAAACUUUUGAUACAGAGGAAUAUAUUGAUUUAAUGAAUAUUCUACUUGAUAAAGUUGUUGACCAACAUUUCGAGAAACCAGAUUUGGUCUUAUUUGGUGCGUUGAAUUCUUUGUACGAUAAUGAUGUGUUGGAAGAAGAUGUUAUCUACAAGUGGUGGGAUGAAGUUUCUGACGAUCCACGUUACGAAGAAGCCAAGAGAUUAACAGCCAGAUGGAUAGAGUGGCUGAAAACAGCAGAUGAAGAGUCAUCUUCUGAAGAUGAAGACGAUGACUAG